CUGCCGCUCCAAACUGGGCUGGGUGGGUGUCCGCGGUUGCGCUGAUUGGAAAGUGCACACCUGCGCCUCAUGCAGCCUGAUUAUGCUAUGGAUUUAUAUGACCGCGAUGACAACUGGCCGGCGGCAGUUCGUAUGAUCUUCAUGUCCCAUUCGUGUGCUCCGGUAUCACUGAUUGAACCUGUGUGUACCGACCUUCGUCCGUUCUUCGACCAACCUUUAUCCGACCUCAACCUCCCUCAAUCUGGUUCAGCGAAGCUUGCUGCCCAUGAGGCUCUCAAUGAACGCAUUCGGAUACUUGCAAGACGGCGCUCACUCAGUGUUGCGUUCAUGGGCACUAACUCUUAAUAUUGAUGGACGCACUACGAACUCACCCGAGCAACGUAACGUGAGUUUUGGGGCUGAAAAAAGUUAGACUGGAAAGAAUCCCGGAAGGGACCGCUAGUCCUAUGUCAGGCAGCGCUCGCUCGCUCGCGCUUCGAUGGUGCUGAUCACGGACGACAGGGACGGAGGAGUCGCAGCGUCGCUCCGGGUCAAGCAGCACAAAGCCGGCACGGGCGUCACGCAAGUCCACCCGACCGCAUCUGAGGAGGAAGACUACGUCGGCUCAUGUGAGGAGACAGAAGAGAGCGACGAGGACGACGAAGAGGAUUUCCAAGAAGUUGACUUCGAGGACUUGAACGACACAAGGAGCAUCGCGUCGGACGACUCCUUCUAUCCGCCCGGUGAUGCGUUCGCGGACUACGAGCGCUCUCCGUCCCCGCAGAGCCCGGAACCCGUGUCUUUUUUCCGGGCGUGCUGCGCCAAUAACGCCGCUGUAGUCCGGAUCAUGAUUCGGCAUGGGCUAACGGAGAACGAGGUCCAGGAGAGGGACCGCAACAACAGGACUGGGCUGCUGGUUGCUUGUUACCAAGGUUAUGUUGACGUUGUCAUAGCGCUGUCUCAGUGUCCGUAUCUGGAUGCUAACUGGCAGGACAGUGAGGGGAACACAGCCCUCAUUACUGCGGCACAGGCAGGUCACAUUACAAUCACCAACUACCUGCUCAACUACUACUCAGGAUUGGACAUCGAAAGGAGAAAUUGUCAUGGCUUCACUGCUCUCAUGAAGGCUGCCAUGCAGGGCCGCGUCGAAUGUGUGCGCUCGCUCAUGAUGGCGGGAGCGACUCUAAAUGCACGAGAUUGUGGCCGCCAAAUGACCGCCAGGGAGUGGGCCUUGUUCACUGGGCGCUACGAAACUGCCUGGGUGAUGGCCCGACUAAUGGAACGCUCGACUCCGAAACAAAUCUGUGAUGGAUACAGUCUAGAAUGGCCUCCGCUAGCAUCCAUGGUGGCCAAAUCCAAAGAGCCACGGAGCUGUCUGAAGCGCUUGACUGACACAAUGCGCGACAUCUUCAACAUUGCCAAUGUCACCAACCCCGAAGACACCGGCGUCAUCGACCACCUGGUGUCUGUGACGACAGCCAUCAGGAGCCCAUUCAUUGCUGUGACCUGUCAUACGGUGUGCCCUAACAGCCCCCCAAGUGUGGGCAAACGCCGCUACGCAGUUCCCGAAAUCCUCCACCAUCAGCGUGCCAAAGAAAUCACCGCCAUCAAUCUGGACAGUGUGGACACCAACCUUAAGCUAUUCCAGAACUCGCAGGUCACUCUGGUGCCCAAACCCUCACCCGACCGGCGGGCCAGCCUUCAAACACACAGAAUGGCGCCCCGAGUCAGGAGCACCAGCCUAGGAAUGUUGUCUUGUAACGAGACGGAGCUACGAAGGACCAGCCUGUUGCCUCUCCAUACGAUACUCAGGAGGAGCAGCAUCAGACCGGGAUUCAGCAUCCCCAAGGUGAGGGUGUCCAAGGCCCCCACACCCACUUAUGAGCCUGAAAAGAUCCACAGGAAGAGCAGUGCCAAAGAUGGAGGCAGGCAACUGCUUCAGAUCCCAAAGUGGAGAUAUAAGGAGCUCAAAGAGGAGAGGAGGAAAGCCGAGGAGGCUGAAAGGAGGAGGCUCGAGGCAUCAACCAAGUCACACCUCACUGUCGGGAUGAGGGAGUAGUCUUUUUUUUUUUUUUUUUUUUUUAGCACACACACAAAAGUUAGACAUUAUUUGACUCAGGGUGACAAGACUUACCAGCAGUAUUCCUCAAACUCUUUUUGUGUGUAUGAUUAAAUGAACUUGGAGCAGAUGCAAAGACGUCGCCAGCUUUCAAUGUUCUCAGUAUCUUUUGCGAAGUCUCAUAUGGACUACCCAGGGUUUUUGAUACUUGAAAGUGUUUUUAGCUUUAAGUUGUUUUUUAUUUAUUGUUCUUAAAAGCGAGGGCAUGGUGAUCAACUAAUUAGCACGUCUGCCUCAAAGUUCUGAGGACCGGGGUUCAAAUCCCGGCCCUGCCCGCGUGUGGAGUUUGCAUGUUUCUCCCCGUGACUGUGUGAGUUUUCUCUGAGUACUCCAGUUUGCUCUUAGAUCCAAAAAAACACACAUCGUAUGUUGAGCGAAGACUAAAUUGCCCGUAGGUGUGACUGAGAGUACUAAUAUUUGUUUUUAUUAUAUGUCUCUCGCCCCAAAAUACCUGGGAUAGGCUCCAGGAUGAAGCCGGGAUGAAUGAAUGAAUGUUCUUCGCAGCCCUACUGGCCCGACCGAUACAAUUUUUCAAUUUUUCACACUGUAUCGGAAAGGUGGGAAAACAUUAAUAAGGUGUUUUGAAGCAUAACAAAAACAGUCAUGUGGAAAUCUAAUCACAUCACUUUUUCACGAGACUAUUCUCCAGCAAUACACUACCUACUGGUGUCAAAUAUUGUUGCAAAUAAAUUGCACAUAA